AUGCCACUCACUUGGAGUCCCCGGCUGUCACUGCUGGAGCGCAGAUGGAGAUCAUCUGCCCCAACCGUAGGCUUACCUGGCUCAGGCUCACAGACCUGCCUGGGACACAAUGUGGGGAUAAUCGAAGAUGGAAAGAAAUUUGAUUCCUUUUGGAACAGAAACAGGCCCUUUUCGUUUCUGUUAGGUAAACAGGAGGCCACCUGAGGCAGAAAGGAAGGGUGGCCUCAGAUGACCACGAUGUCCUCUCCAGAAUAUGCCUAUGGAGCCACUGGGCACUCAGGCAUCACCCUACCACACGUCACUCCUGUCUUCGUUGUAGAGCUUCUGAACCCAGAAGGACCGAAGUGA